AUGGUUUCCUUCAAGUAUUUUUUCUCGAGUGCACUGUUUGGAGGAAUCAUCGGUGGUAUUUGUGGUGUUAUGUUGACUUUCAAGAUUUACGUAAAUGGGAACGAAGAACCAGCGGAGGACCCUAAUGAAGAAGAACUUCAGCCAGCGAUACAGGAGGAGAUGAUCUUGGUUAGAGAACCUGUGGAACACGAUGAAAGAACUGAAAGAUCUUAUUGAAAAUGGAUGAGUGGUAAGUUUUGUUUCCUUUUUUCUCUUUUCGCAUUUCUAAAUCGCUAAUAACCAUUAAUUAGUAGAGAAUUCUCCCCAAUGACUUUUUUAGUUUUUAAGAACCCUGUUCAUCAAGGGAACGUUCAGAACAAUGUUUGUGACCGGCUAGAGCAUAGAAAGCAGCUUGGUUAUGUGUUUCUCAAAGUAGAGAAAGGAUCUUUAGUUAAGACCUAUCUAGAAUAA